AUGCAACCAGUUCUGGAGGUGGUGAUGACGCCGUUGCCAUCACAAAAAAAGGAGCGGAUUCCCCCGGAUGUCGACCAACCUAGGACUGUGUUGGCAGAUCACAACCUACAGCCUCGGUUUAUACUCUGCAGCGUCUGUAGGAAAAUUAUGUGUACCAGCCUGGAGGGGUACAAGUCGGUCGAGAGUAUCCUGAAGGACAAAAAGGUGGAUUUUUACCCUUAUGAUUUGCCGUCGCUGAAGCCAUUGUUGGUGGCUCUGCGAGGUUUGUCGUCAGUUGAGGCGGCCAUUGUACCGGGCCAGUUAUUCCUGGCCCACUUUACGAAGGGCUCCAUCACACUUGCCGGGCUGAAGGACAACAUCCGGGAACUGUUCCAGGCUAUCAUCUCUUGGCAGUCACCACUGUCGCCGUUCAUCAUGUCAACGGAACGUCGCAUCAAGGGAUUGAAGACCAAGCUGAAGAGCCUAACCGUCUCAUUCAACCUGAUCAAGACGUUCGUUAACAAUUACCAGGAAGAAAGGGAUGCCUUCGAGAUACCAGUACGCCUUGAGAACCUCGACAAGGUGUGGACCGACUUUCAGAGCACUCAAUCAGAGCUUGAAUCCGUCGAUGAGACGAUCGACGAGCAGCUUAAAGAACGGGUCGACUUUGAAACUGCCUACUACCGGGUGAAAGGUCUUCUGCUAUCCAAAAAUAAAUCUCCGCUAUCGACGUCCAUGACUACGUCUUCUUCUUCAAGCUCACAAGUCCAUGGUUCAUCGUCGCAUGUACGCUUACCCGACUUAAAACUUCCUACGUUUAGUGGAAACAUCGACACCUGGUUGAAUUUCCAUGAUCUGUAUGUCUCUCUGGUUCACUCUUCUGUCAAAUUAUCUAACAUCCAGAAGUUUUACUACCUUCGUUCCUCUCUGGCUGGAGAGGCCUUAAAACUGGUUCAAACGAUUACCAUCAGUGCCAAUAACUACCACGUGGCCUGGAAUCUGCUGGUUGAGCAUUAUCAAAACCCUUCGCGUCUGAAACAAUCGUACCUCGACGCUCUUUUCGAAGUCGGUACCCUGAAACGCGAAUCUGCGGCCGAUUUACAUCUGCUGGUAGAGAACUUCGAAGCCAAUGUGAAGGUGUUGAAGCAGCUCGGUGAGAUAACCGAGUUUUGGGACUCCAUUCUGAUCCGUAUGCUCAGCGUCCGCCUAGAUCCCACAACUCGAAGGGACUGGGAGGAAUUAUCUUCAACUAAACCAGACGUGACGUUCAAGGAUCUGACCUCCUUUAUCCAGCGAAGAGUGACUGUUCUGCAAACGAUCCAGGGAAAAGCUGUCGAUACUCCAGCAUCCACUCAACAGAUGAAAAGAUCCAGUCAACGUGUCGUUGCUAGUCAUGGGGCCAGUCAAGUUCAAGCUGGUCGGAAAUGCGUCGUGUGUUCUGAUCAUCACCCACUCUAUAUGUGCCAGCUGUUCUCAAAACUCGACGUCGAAGCGAAGGAAAAGGAAGUUCGCCGCCAUCAACUAUGCCGUAACUGCCUGCGCACGGGUCACCAAGCUCGAGACUGUUCGUCAUCCAGUUCCUGCCGAAAGUGUCGAGGUCGUCACCACACACAGCUCUGCUCCGGGAUGAAUUCUGCCUCUGUAAGCUCCAGGCAUCCAAGUCCUCAAUCAACAGCUACAGCAUCCUCUGCGAAACUCGAACAGCCGAAAGCAUCUGUAUCCGCUACCGUCACCGCACCUUCAAGCCAUGCAAGCACCGGUCAAGCACGAAAGGGCGUGCUUUUGGCUACCGCAGUCGUUAAAUUAGUGGACGACAACGGCACUGAACAUGUUGCCAGAGCGCUUCUCGAUUCCGGUAGUGAAUGUUGCUUCAUUACCGAAUCACUCUCGCAAGUCAUCAAAUCUCAGCGCACAAAAAUAUCCGUUCCGAUCAGUGGCAUUGGGCAAUCAUCAACGUACGCACGGUACAAGAUCGUCGCUUCGAUUCAAUCAAGGGUUUGUGACUACUCCACCUCUGCUGAGUUCCUUGUUCUGCCCAAAGUCACCAUCGAUUUGCCCUCUGUUCAAGUAGACACUUCUUCUUGGACCAUUCCUCCCGGUGUUCAGCUAGCCGACCCAUUGUUCUACGAAUUAAAUCCAGUGGAUAUUAUCAUUGGCGCAGAAGUAUUCUUUGAGCUCUUUAAAGUUUCAGGUCGCAUUCAGCUUGGCGAAUCCCUUCCGACCUUGGUCAACUCAGUCCUUGGCUGGAUAGUGUCUGGAAAGACUUCGCACGGCACUCCGAGGUCUCCAAUCAUCGCCAAUGUUGCAACGAUCACCGAUUUACAUAAGCUCAUCGAAAAGUUUUGGUCAAUCGAAGAAGACGAAAGCACUCCAAACCAUUCCGUCGAAGAAGCCGCUUGCGAAGAACACUUUCGACACACCGUGAAGCGCAACUCUGAGGGAAGGUACAUUGUUCGCUUACCCGUGAAGGAAAACGUCAUCGAACAACUUGGCGACAACCGUUCUACUGCCGUCCGUCGUUUUCGAAUGCUGGAAGGUCGACUUGUUCGUAACCCAGGCAUAGCACAGCAAUACCGUGACUUCAUGGACGAAUACCUUGCUUUGGGCCACAUGAAGCAGGUGUUUGACUACCAGUCGCCUCCAUCUCCAUGCUAUCAUAUGCCUCACCACGCUGUAGUUAGAGAAGAGAGCACUACUACGAAACUGCGAGUGGUCUUCGACGCAUCAUGCAAGACUCCGGAGGGACCAUCGCUCAACGACGCACUUAUGGUAGGCCCAACCGUGCAGCAAGAGAUUCGGUCAAUCAUCAUGCGCUCCCGGAUCCGUCGAAUAAUGGUCAUCGCUGACGCCAAGCAGAUGUACCGACAAGUACUCGUAGACGAACGUGACACUCCGCUUCUACGAAUUGUUUGA